AUGUCACCAUUCAUGGCCUCCCUGGGAUAUCAACCCCCCCUGUUUAACUUUCAAGAAGAGGAAAUCGCCGCUGCCACUCAGUGUGGAGACAAGUCCGGGCUGCCCUUCAACGCUCCUCCCAACAGUCCCAGAGACAGGCCAACCGGCACCGGACCCCCGCCCCCCCCUAUCAGCCAGGCCAAAAAGUGUGGCUCUCCUCCAAAGAUCUUCCCCUUCAGGUCGUAUCCCGGAAACUGGCUCCCCGCUUCGUUGGUCGCCACACCUCCUGCUUCCCCGAGAGCUCCGGAUUCCCCACGACAUCUCGGCCGUUGGAACCUUUCCCUGUCUCGAUUCUCCAUCGUGAGUCUGCUCCUGCCAGAACUGGAGCAAGUUGCCCGUUUUAUGGGACAUGACAUAAGAGUCCACUGCGAUUACUAUCGUCAGACAGACAAAACUUUUCAGGUGGCCAAAAUCAGAAAGCUCCUUUUUGCGAUGGAGCAGGGAGGACAGGCACUCACAGGAAAAAGUCUGAUGACUCUGGACUCUGUGGUUUUUGAUGGAACCUCUACAAAUGCUCCUAAAAGACAUGGUGAUCAGGAGAGUGGUGGGGAUGAUGAUGAUGAUGUUGAUAUGAAGAUCUGCCAUGCACAUCCACCACAAACCCACCUGCUCACAGCCGCAAAAGAAUCAAAACUAAUUACAGACGUGAUGGCGGUGAUGAUCCUGACAUUGUGGACAAAAAUGGAAAUGACACGACAAAACCCAAGAGGGUCAAGAAGCCUGCAGAUGACGAUGAUGAUGAUGAUGAUGGGUGUGGUGCUGAUGUUGAAGAAUGUGAUGAAGAUGAAGACGGAGAAGAGCAACACAUCGCAUCAACAAUAUCAGCUGUCAAGCAACGUCAGAAACAUGAUGAUGAUGAUGAAGUGA